AUGGGGCGGGAUUUGGGGUCUAUGGGGCACCGCCUGACCUCCAGCGCCGCCGCCUGGACCUGGCUCCUGAUUGGCUCCCUGCUGGUGGCCUCCCACCCCUGGCUCCGCCCCCCCUGGGGCUCCGCCCUGCGCGCCCUCGCCCGAUUGGCCGUCGGGCUGGCGCUGUCGCGGGCCGGCCACGCCAUUGGCCGGGCCGUGGAGGCGGCCACGGGCACCUGCACCAGCCCCGCCCCCGGCGGCGGGACCCUGCUGCUGCCCCUGGGAGACCCCGCCGCCUGCCGGGGGGCGGGGCACCGCUGGCAGGGCUUCGGCCCCGCCCCCCAGGCCUUCGCCCUGGUGCAUUGUGGGUUGGGGCUGGCCGAGGAGGCGGCGGCGCUGGGGAGGAGGCUCUACGGGCUGGGCAAGAUGGCCGCCGGGCGGAAGGCGGACGACGCGUACAAGAUGGCCGGCGGGUACAAGAUGGCCGCCGGGUACAGGAUGGACGACCCGUACAAGAUGGCUGACCCGUACAAGAUGGCCGCCGGGUACAGGAUGGUAGAGCAGUCCAAGAUGGCUGACCCGUACAAGAUGGCCGCCAGGUACAGGAUGGCUGAGCCAUACAAGAUGGACGACCCGUACAAGAUGGCGGACACAUCCAAGAUGGCUGCCAGGUACAAGAUGGCUGACCCGUACAAGAUGGCCACUGGGUACAAGAUGGUCGAGCCAUCCAAGAUGGCUGACGCAUCCAAGAUGGCCGACCCAUACAAGAUGGCUGACACAUCCAAGGUGGCGGACACGUCCAAGAUGGCCGCCGCAGGGAGGGUGGUUGAGGAAUCCAAGAUGUCCGCCGUGUCCAAGAUGGCGGCCUGGUACAGGAUGCUGCCUUGGUUCAAGACGGCGCCCGAACCCAAGAUGGCCGCCGAACCCAAGAUGGCGGCCGGACACGACCUAGAAGAAGAAGAAUCCAAGAUGGCGGCGUGGGCAUGGCCACGCCCAAUAUGGCGACCGGGCGGCUCUCCCCGACCAAUCGGCUUCGAGUGUGCGGAGCCUCAUGCAAAUGAGGGCCGCCUGACCUCCAGCGCCGCCGCCUGGACCUGGCUCCUGAUUGGCUCCCUGCUGGUGGCCUCCCACCCCUGGCUCCGCCCCCCCUGGGGCUCCGCCCUGCGCGCCCUCGCCCGAUUGGCCGUCGGGCUGGCGCUGUCGCGGGCCGGCCACGCCAUUGGCCGGGCCGUGGAGGCGGCCACGGGCACCUGCACCAGCCCCGCCCCCGGCGGCGGGACCCUGCUGCUGCCCCUGGGAGACCCCGCCGCCUGCCGGGGGGCGGGGCACCGCUGGCAGGGCUUCGGCCCCGCCCCCCAGGCCUUCGCCCUGGUGCAUUGUGGGUUGGGGCUGGCCGAGGAGGCGGCGGCGCUGGGGAGGAGGCUCUACGGGCUGGGCAAGAUGGCCGCCGGGCGGAAGGCGGACGACGCGUACAAGAUGGCCGGCGGGUACAAGAUGGCCGCCGGGUACAGGAUGGACGACCCGUACAAGAUGGCUGACCCGUACAAGAUGGCCGCCGGGUACAGGAUGGUAGAGCAGUCCAAGAUGGCUGACCCGUACAAGAUGGCCGCCAGGUACAGGAUGGCUGAGCCAUACAAGAUGGACGACCCGUACAAGAUGGCGGACACAUCCAAGAUGGCUGCCAGGUACAAGAUGGCUGACCCGUACAAGAUGGCCACUGGGUACAAGAUGGUCGAGCCAUCCAAGAUGGCUGACGCAUCCAAGAUGGCCGACCCAUACAAGAUGGCUGACACAUCCAAGGUGGCGGACGCGUCCAAGAUGGCCGCCGCAGGGAGGGUGGUUGAGGAAUCCAAGAUGUCCGCCGUGUCCAAGAUGGCGGCCUGGUACAGGAUGCUGCCUUGGUUCAAGACGGCGCCCGAACCCAAGAUGGCCGCCGAACCCAAGAUGGCGGCCGGACACGACCUAGAAGAAGAAGAAUCCAAGAUGGCGGCGUGGGCAUGGCCACGCCCAAUAUGGCGACCGGGCGGCUCUCCCCGACCAAUCGGCUUCGAGUGUGCGGAGCCUCAUGCAAAUGAGGGGUGGGGACGGGAAGUGACGUCAGAGUGGGCGGGGCCUGCUGAGUACCCCAGCGGCCAUCUUGGGGGGCGGCCAUUUUGGGGCGGCCAUUUUGAACCCGGCCGCCAUUUUGAAUCCAGACACCAUUUUGAUUCUGGCAGCCACUUUGAUUCCGGCCGCCAUUUUGAAGACAGACGUGGCGGCCAUUUUGAUCCUGGCCGCCAUUUUGAAUCCAGCCACCAUUUCCAUCCCGGCCGCCAUUUUGAUUCCGGCGGCCAUUUUGAAUCCAGCCACCAUUUCCAUCCCGGCCGCCAUUUUGAUUCUGGACGCCAUUUUGAUUCUGGCGGCCAUUUUGAUUCCGGCGGCCAUUUUGAAUCCAGCCACCAUUUCCAUCCCGGCCGCCAUUUUGAUUCUGGACGCCAUUUUUAUUCUGGAGGCCAUUUUGAUUCCGGCCGCCAUUUUGAUUCCAGCCGCCAUGUUGAUCCCGCCUUCUUCUUCCCCCACCCCAGCGGCCAUGUUGACCCCUCCGGCGGCCAUGUUGACCCCUCCGUCCGCCAUUUCCUCGCCUCGCCGCCGCCCUCCGCCGGCGGCCAUCUUGCCGGCGGCCGCGGCGAGGCGCCGCCGGCGGCGCUGUCGGUGCUGUACCUGCUGGCGCUGCUGCUGCUGCUGACGUGGCACCUCCUGCUGGUGGCGACGCUGCGCUACCGCCACACGUGGGCCCGCAACGCCGCCGGCGCCGCGCUGGGCUGGGCCGCCUGGGCCCUCACCUACCGCGGCUGGUACCGCCGGGCCUGGUCGCCGGGGCCGCCCGGCUGGGGCUGAGCGGGGCGGGGGAAACUGAGGCACGGCGGGG